AUGUCGAGGACGACGGACCACCUCUGCAUGUCUCACGGGUUGAAGACACCCAGUCUGAAGCUUAUUCUCGCUCUCGUCAUCAACAAAGAGACUCUUAUGUCCCUUUCGCAACCCGAAAUUUCUCUGACAUGAGUUGGGAACCUCCUCCAGUUUUUGACUCACUGGCAGCACCUGACCGUUUUCACUCCCGUCCGUCCGAUGUUCAUCAUCGUGGUAGCAGAGAUGGUUACGACCUCCACGAUGAUGAUCCACCGUGGUCCGUGCGUCCUAAACAUGAUUGGAGCCAGCAGGGUAGGGAUUGGGCAGCCAACCAAGGUUCUUCGGAGCAACAAAAUUGGGGAGCGUCUACUUCAUAUACGGAUAGAGGUCGCAGCCAUGGCUGGCAACCGGACGACAGAUGGGGGAAGGAUGAUCGGGGAGAUAAUCAUCAUCCUAAUAAUGACAACAACCACAACCACAACCGCCGUCGCAAUAAUCGAAAGUUUCAACAGCGAGACAAUGGUUGGGACACUCGCAGAGACAGGCAACCUCGGACGCAGGAUGUGCAAGAGGAACCACCCAAGGAUGAACGGUCUUGGGAGCCUGGUCCCGGAUGGCAAGCGCGUGGCGCCGACCAAGGGGGCAAGCACAAUCGCAAUCGCAAUAACGGAAACAAGAAUAAAAACAAGAAAAAUCAGAAUAAAAAUCGUAUUCGGAUGGAGAAGGAGAGAGAUAAAGAGCGAGAGAGAGAGCAGCGCCGAAAUGACGAUGACGAUGACCUGAACAAGUGCUUUGUGUUUCAUAUUGUGCUAUCUCGCAUUCUCAUAUUGUUUUUGUCUACAGCUGGCAGAGACGGGAGUUCCAUCCCUUGCCUGCCAAACCCG